GGUCACUACGUCACUGCAGACUUCCCACUCUCCUUCUUCUUACAACACAUUUCUACCAUUCCAGUUGACGGAAAGCAGCUUAGUGACUGACCGUAGCAACACAGCCUCCAUUUAACAGGAUUGCUUUUUACAUUGACCGCAUCUCGGAAUCAAGAUGUUUUACACGUGUGGACCCAAUGAAGCUAUGGUGGUGUCUGGCUUUGGCCGUUCUCCUCCUCUGAUGAUUGCUGGAGGAAGAGUGUUUGUCCUUCCAUGUAUUCAGAAGAUCCAGAGAAUCACGCUCAACACCCUGACUCUAAAUGUGAAGAGUGACAAAGUCUACACCCGUCACGGCGUCCCUAUCUCUGUCACUGGCAUUGCACAGGUGAAGAUCCAGGGCCAGAACAAAGAGAUGUUGGCCACAGCCUGUCAAAUGUUCAUGGGCAAGUCUGAGAUUGAGAUCGCCCAGAUUGCUCUGGAAACACUGGAGGGACACCAGAGAGCCAUCAUCGCCCAUUUGACUGUGGAGGAGAUCUACCAGGACCGUAAGAAGUUCUCCGAGCAGGUCUAUAAGGUGGCCUCCUCUGACUUGGUCAACAUGGGAAUUGGUGUCGUCAGCUACACUCUCAAAGAUGUUCAUGAUGAUCAGGACUACCUACACUCCCUGGGUAAAGCCAGAACAGCCCAGGUGCAGAAGGAUGCCAGGAUUGGAGAGGCUCAGUACAAAAGAGAUUCUGUCAUGAGGGAGGCCCACGCCAUGCAGGAGAAGGUUUCAGCUCAGUACAAGAACGAGAUUGAGAUGGCAAAAGCCCAGAGAGACUACGAGCUGAAGAAGGCGGCCUAUGAUGUUGAGGUCAACACCAAGAAGGCUGAGUCAGAGAUGGCCUAUCAGCUUCAGGUGGCCAAGACCAAGCAGCGCAUCGAGGAGGAAAAGAUGCAGAUUCAGGUGGUGGAGCGAACGCAGCAGAUUACACUGCAGGAGCAGGAGAUCAUCCGCAAGGAGAAGGAGCUGGAGGCCAAAGUGAAGAAGCCUGCAGAGGCGGAGAAAUACAGACUGGAGAGGCUGGCUGAGGCGUCUCGCCUGCAGCUCAUCAUGGAGGCUGAAGCAGAGGCCGAGUCCAUCAGAAUGAGGGGCGAAGCAGAGGCUUUUGCUGUGGAGGCUAAGGGCCGCGCUGACGCCGAGCAGAUGGCCAAGAAAGCAGAGGCCUUCCAGCAGUACAAAGAUGGAGCCAUGGUGGACAUGCUGCUGGAGAAACUGCCACUGAUGGCGGAGGAGAUCAGCAAGCCGCUGUGCGCGGCUCAGAAGAUCACGAUGGUGUCCAGCGGCGGCUCAGAGGUGGGAGCAGCUAAACUCACUGGAGAGGUGCUAGAUAUCAUGACCAGGCUGCCCGCCGCUGUGGAGAAACUCACCGGCAUCCGCAUCUCCCAGGUUGGACUAACGCCCGCCCUUGUCCUUUAAGAAGAGAGGGAGAGAAGAAGUAAUCAGGAGAGGUGUUACUAAUAUUCAGACUCGGAGCUCCACAUCUCCUCCUUGUGCCUAUAAUCACUGUAAUGACGCUGCAGCACCGUAGUCUUGUUUGAUCACCUGUGUGCAUGUAUCUGUGUCUCUUUUUCAUGUUCCUCCUCCAUCUAAAUGUCAUUUUUUCAUCAUUCAUUAUUUGGUUCCUUAUGUUUCUGAUUGGUUGUACUUUUCUGCUGUGAGUGACGGCAAAAGCAGAUACAAUUAUUAAUGAAGCUACUUUUUUUACCAGGAGACAAAAGCCUCCAAGUAGGAUUUCCUGUCUUUAUUGUUUUAUAUGCAAUUUUUUUUGUACUUAACUGCAACCAGCCUCGUUUUCUCUGCAUUGGGAUUUGGUCAAUCAAAUGACAUCAGUUUUUUUUAACUUCUACUAAUGUAGACAUUUUUUUUGGCUGUAGUUUAGUGCCUUUCAAUUCAGUAAAUGAUGCUGAGCUCUUUAUCGCAGCAUGACCUCAUAGUUUUGUGUGUGGACGAAUCGUCGCUACCAUUGUAGUUCUGUAGAAUUGACAACCUAGCCUCAUGUUGUGUUAUCCACUCGUCCGUUAUAAAGAGACGUUGGGAUGUUGAUAGUUUACGCCACGUCUCUUUUGUAAUAACCGACUAGUCCAAAAUCACAUCAGUGGAAAGAUCGUCUUUGUGUUUCAGAGUGAAGGGGGAGGAAGUGGUUGAUGGGAACGACCUAAAAGGGUUUCCUGUUGAAAGUAAUGAAAGUCUGUUGUGGUGGAAAACAUGUCGUUGACUUUUCACUCUGCUGCAGUGUCUUCUGGAGUCUUGGUCUUUAUAUGACAAGAGUAAAGAAGAAGCAUCCCCUACUAACCAACUAACCUGCCUGCUGCUUCAAUGUGCUUGCUGUCUAGAGUUUAAACUGAAUUAUGAGAGAUUCUAUUAUGAUUUUUGUUCUUUUAUAUGGUGUACUGACUUUCCAUGAUAAUGUGAUUCCGAGUAUUACAGACUUUGACAGAUUUUAGCUCUUGCAUGUUGGAUGGCGUUGAAUAACAGUUCAGCACCUCUGAUCGGGAGCUCCUUUUUUCUGACUCUUCUCUAGCAGUUAAAAGCUUUCCAGCUGCCAAGCCAUAUGCAUUUUGUUACCGCCAAGUGCCUGGUCAAAACUCAACGGUCAAGUCAAGUUGACUUCUUUACUUAUUACACUUCUCUGUCAGGGAUUUUUUCCUCACACCCAACUGAUCCUAAGCCAUUGACCGUCACUAGCGACGGCCGUAGAUGAUAAGCCAAAUCAGUCUCUACUUGUGUUGAUUUAUCUUGUGACUAAUAUUUCCCUUAAAAAAUGUGUUGUUGCAUGUCUGUACUUCAAGUUGACAUAAUUAUUACAUAGCUUUCAAGUUGUAUACUAGUCACAUAUUAGAGAUUUAUCUGUAGUGAAAUAUUCUGAGAUGAGGUAGACAUUAAAAUGACUGUUUAAUCACUGAAA